GGGGCCACCGCUGCGCAGACCUGGCAUUGAAUCGGGAUGGAGGAGGAGUUGCAACGGCUUAGCACCAAGGUGCAAGAAGCCUUGGAAGAGGUGCAACAUGUGCGCGAUCGGGUGAAGAAGAUGUGCCAUGAACUCGGGCAGGUGGACAUCUCCGAGAAAGCGCAGACCUCGCAGGCUGAUGAGGCCUACACCACCAAGUUGAAGACGCUUCUGUCGAGCGUCUCCCAAGAGGCCCCAACUGGGCCCAUAACUACACCUCGAGAAGCCGAUCGAAAGGACAUCGGCAGGAAAUUGAUAUCGGAGCGCGAUGAAGUUUUGAGCCUGGAAAAGGAGCUUGCAGCCCUGCAGCUGUCUUUGAAAGAAGCUGAUCCUCCAGGCCAUUUCAAGGAAUCAUCUCCAGAAGAUCAGUCCGCGUUGCCCCGCGCCCUGUCCACCGGUCCGGAAGGACCGGUCGGAGCGGUGGCAGAGCGAGCGCCUGAAGGCCAAGAUGGUGAAAGCGGCGAGUUGGAGAAGAAAGAUGCCAGCGCGGACAUCGCACCCAAAGCAAAAGCCAUGGCGGCCUGCCCGGGCCGCACCUCGCGCAGCUCGUUGCCCAAGCCGCCACCGCCCAAAGCGAAGCCGGCGCCGAAGGCCAAGGUUCGAGCACAGGCACCAGACGAAGAGACGGAGCGUGAGGAUGGCACCUCAAGUCGGCUGGUGAACCUCCACUGGCGUGCCUCCCAAGCUCCUCCCGAGGAGACCGAAAUCUUUGUUGGCAAAGACGGGUACUUGCAGUGCAUGUCCACCAUGAUGGAGAGGUGGGGGAUGGAUCGUGCUGAGCGAAUGAGGCAAAGCAUUCAGAGUUUCGAGGGCCGCGCCGGUGCAGUGGAGGCUGAACGUCAUGACGCCGAGCGUGAGGCCGAGCGUGACCCCAAGCAGACGCCGUCCAGACGACGGAGGAAAACAGUCUUCAAUGCUGCUGAUGUGGUGCCCAUUCCGGAGCUUCCUCAGAAUCAACUUGAAGAUCUCUUUGCUGCGCGCGCCGCGACGUUCGACAUCGGUGCGCGCUCAGCCAGCACCAGCGAUGUGAGUUCGUUGAUCGUUGAUAGCACGCAUCAGCGGAUCCUGGACUUGAUGGUCCGUAGUGAGGCCAUGCAACGACAGCGGGAAAGUGGCAACAUCCGCAACGAUGCGGUGGAACACGCGGUGACUGAGCUACUGGCCACACUGCAGAGUUGCGACUUUUCCCGUCUCACACGCUCGGUGCUCAACGAUCUGCGAAAGGUGGUGGUGCACCACUUGGAAGGUGGUCACAACAUCCUCUCCUUCGUCGAAAGCCGUGGGGUCGAGGCUCUCUCCAGGUUGGAACAUCCGCAUUUGCACCAGCUGCUCUACGGUGUCCUUCGGAUCCCAGGCAUUUCCACCAGGCUGGAGUGCAUGGAUUUGGUCGCCAAAUUUCCCGCUGAACUGGAGAGCUGCCGCGAAGACUUGCAGAUCCUGCGCCGUGCUCUGCUACAAAUCCGCGAUCGGCAGGCGGCCUUCCGGUCCUUUUGGAGCAUGGCCAUGCACCUGGGGAACACAUUGAAUGGCUCGGCGGCCGGAGGCUUUCGACUCAGCAGUCUCUCCAAACUGCUGGACUUGAAAUCACCUGAUCGGAAAGAGAUGACCUUCUUCCACUUCGUCCUGCUACAGCUGCCCCCCGCUACCGUGGAGGCCCUGACAGAUCUGGAGCUGUUGAAUGCUCUGAAGACGGCCAGCAGCAAGCGAACCCACACGGUUCAUCAGGAUGUGCUGGUCCACCUGGAUGGCUUCCGACGGCUGGAAGGCUUGGUGGCCACCGGCAGCUUCAAGGGCGAAAGCAUCCCAGCGAUGGAUGGCGAUCCUUUCCACCGGGCCAUGGCGGAUUUUGUCAGGGAGUCCCAGGGCGCAUGUGCCGAGCUGUGGGCUUCCAGCAUGCAGGUCUUCCAAAGCUAUCGCGACAUGGGGAUCUUCUUCCAAGACCUGUCCUAUGUCUACCCUCCUCCCGGAGGGGCGGAGGAGGAUCGGCGGAAGGACCUCUUCGGAGUGCUGGGCAACUUCGUUGCGGAGUGCGCCAAGGCGCAGCAAGAGAUCGAUGGAUCGAAGGAUGGAGCUAUGGGUUUGGGUGUCCAAGUGCUGGACGUGGGAAGUUCUUCUAGACUUUGUGCAGGUCCAGGCGCCGCGCGUGUACGCGGAGAAUUCGAGACUUCGUCAGUGCCGCUGGACUGCACCAAGGACGAAGCGCCCGAAUUUAGUUGGGCCUUUGGGGAAGUCCGAAAUCGGUUGGUCAAUUUUGACGGCAAAAUUCAAGAAAUUGAAGCCAGGUCAUACUGGUACCAGCAGACCUUCCGGAUCUCGUCUUCCGCAGGGAACGCCUUCACGCGGCAUUUGCUUCGAUGGGAUUUGGUGAAUCGCUUGGCUGAGAAACCGGACCGCCUCAGCGUCUCUGAACUGCUGCUGCUGGCCCGACAGUUCUUCGCUCUACACGCCCUGCUAGGCUUGCUGGGUUUGUUGGUGGAGGCACUGGCGCAAACAGUGACGCUUGCGGGCCUUUGGAAUGUGGCUUUCCCACUGACCGGCAUGCACUUUGCCAGGGAGAAUGGAGGUGGUAAUCGCGCUGUGCGAUGGUGGAUUGCAUACUGGCUUCUGGAGACCUUGUUUAACUUCUUCCAGAGUAUCAGCCGUGGUGAUACGAAUUUGCGAGCACUAGCGGUCUAUGGUGUGCAAUGGUUGGCUUUAGCACGUCUGUGGUGUUGGCUGCACGUGCAGCAAACCUCUUCAGCCCCUUAG